CCAGAAACGCACGACGGUGGGGCCGAAUAUUCCUGUAGGCGCCAGCGGUCUCGAUUGUUGAUGUAAACAAGCAGCAGUUCGUGAAGACGCGCCAACACGAAAAUCCCACGCUACUUUGAAACGCGACGAACCCCCACAUUUACCAGCCAUCGUCCCCACCAACGUGACAUCCAAGGUACUUGAACCACUAUGAUAACCCCGAUAAAGCAGAAAAGGAAAGCCGACGACAUGGCCGAUUCUCUGUCUCACACACCGGCAAAGCGGCGAGUGACAGCUCAACCAAAGAAACGCUUAUCGAUACCCGGAGCGUUCCCAUCAGCGGAACUCUCCAGCCAGGAAACUUCGCAAAGGUCCGCGCAUUCGGUUGUUUCUGCUAGAACAGUCGAUGUUCGACAAGCCCAGACCAGUAGAGCAGCGCCGCUUCCAAAAGCACAAUCAAAGCCGACGAUUGCAUCGAACAGGGUGCAAAAGUCUACGACUCGUCAACCAUCCACACCAAGGAAACAACGGUCGAGUAAAAAGCUCUCAGUUGUCACCCCAAAGGCAGAGCGACAAUCGAAACGUCAGGAUGUCACUAUGCGCUUUUCGUUUAGCAAUCAACUUAGAAAUGCGCAAGGUCCCCUAAAAAAGGGUAGAAGAAGAGGGAGGCCUUCAAGUCCUGAGGAUGCGCUGCCCUACAAGCCUGUGUUAUCACCUAUCGUUUCGCCCACCAAACGGCUUACGCCUCACCGUCGUGGCAAAGAGGAUAAAGUUCUGAAUAGAAGUUUUUCUGAGUUGCUAGUCACGACUGCGCAAAACAACCUUACCGGCCCCUUAAAACAUGACUACACAGACACCCCAUCAGAUCUAUCGUCGGAGCCAAAUCACGAACCAAAAGCACCUGAUCCAUCCGUGUUUUCACACCCUAGCAAGAAACGGGAAGGCUAUGGAUUCAGCUACUCGGAACCACUCUGGUAUGACUCAGACGAAUACCCCGACACAGAAUGCGACUGGGACCCUAAAGAUGACGGGCAAUCCGCGCCGCUCGAUGCACUAUUCGAUCAGAGUAGUUCAUUUGAGGAUAUUGUCGUCAUGAGAGAUGUCGGCUCCUUCCACAUUGCUAAGCCCCAGCGUAUCCUCCAGUGCACAAAAGCCACUAGAGAAGACACUGUGCGCCUGAAACAACGGGCGAAGACGUUGUUCAAAUGGGAUGAAAGCGGUAACGUAUAUUCAUCGCUCGUCGGAAGACUAGAGCGCAUGGUCUAUAGCGAUCUGGAGAAGAAAUUCGGUGGCCGUGACAGCUCCGUGCCGUCCGUCGUGCAGUGCGCAAGCAAGCUGAAGGACUUCCUACAACGAAACAAGGAAGAACGAAUUGAGACGGGUGAGAGCCGUCGUGCAGUAGAGCACGAAAUUGAGUGGGCAACAUGGCUUACAGAAGCUAGUCGGACGGGUGUCAUGCAUUUAAAGACCCAGGGCUGCAGCUGUCGGCCAGACUGGGAGGAAGAUUGAGCUGUGAUGUAGCACCCUGCGAAUACCCCAGCGCAUAUUUGAACUACCUUCUUGUAACUAAUAUUACUAAAGACUAGACCGUCAAGGCUGGUACGCUGGUCCUUGUACUCGCUACGCUGGUCCUUGUACUCGCUACGCUACACAUGCGACCAAUGGACGUCACACGCAGAUCGUGGCAUGCAAUCAUUCCUCUCAUUGGCUGAUACUUUGGUUUGCACUCAGUACAGCUUCCACGACUGUAAAGUCUACAAAAUGUA